UCGAACAUUAAAUUAUUGUAAAUUGUAAAUGGAUUCAGUUCUAACUUCUAGCAAAGAUUGUUUUGAUUUCAAUACUUAAUUAAAAGGCGAUUAAUUAAAAAAUGAGUGAUUUAAUGGAAGACGGUAUGGAAUUCCGUGGAGGUACACUACAGUUAUCAACAGAAAAUAACGUGGAGAACUCUGAAAGCAGAGCCCGAGGUGCGACUCAAAGUCAUAAUAAAAUCAAAACACCGAUAAGUGUUAAUCCAUCGGUGUUAUCGGGCGCUGAUUCUCUAUCAUCAUCUGCAUCUUCUUUUGCAGAUGCUCGUCAGAGUACAUCAAACAAUGAUAAUGCCGAGCAACCACAAACUGUAUAUCCGCGUUAUGAUGUACCAUUUGAUAAAGAGAAUAUCAAAGACUUUUUUACAUUCCGAAAGGGUGUUGUUGAAAAUGCUAUUCAAGAAUGUAUCACUGGUCUCUUAUUUCCUGAAGAUGGUGAAUAUUUGGGAUCAUGGCUCUUAACUGAGAUAACACUAUGGGAUAAUGAAAAAGAAAGGAUUGUGCUGCUAACAUCACGGCUUGUUAUGAUAAUCAAAUAUGAUUUUAUUGCUAUGAAACAAAUGGACUUCAGGAAAACAUAUCUUGAUGAUUUAGAUACUGUGGUAAUAGGAGAACUGGUGUAUCCACCUUCAAGUCUUGUUCCUCGACUAAAUGGUAUUGCAACUGGUGUAACAACGGUUGUUAAAGACUGCGUGAUAGAUCGACUUUGCCGCCGACCAACCUCUACAGAUGAUGAAACUAAACCGUUUGAUCCCAAAUACUUUGAACCUAGAGAAAGAAAUCUCCGCGGUGUUCGGAUGAUGUGGAACAAGGGAGAACCUUUGCCACUGAAGACAUUAUGGAAUCCUUUUAGUCAGGAAGUGCCAUUUAUAACCUUUGCGUCGCAUCCAAUAUAUUGGCACAGAGAUGGCAACAUAGAAGAGAGAUCAACAUUUGACAUGGAGACAUUUGCUCAAAAACUUCAACGGGCCAUUGAAAAUAUACCCAGCAGCGCUUGUUGUAUACAUCAUUCACCUAUUGUGAUACAAUCGUACCUUGGAUUAGCCUCUCUUCUCCAUAACAAGACAAGCAUGGGUUUCUUCAAAGUGAGAGGAAAGUUCAGCUUUUAGUUCAUUUUAGUUUUGAUUGUUAAAUUGGUAUGCCUAGAUAUAUAAUUAGAAAUUGGCUUAGUCAUUGAAAAGUAUUGUUUAUUAAUCUUACAUUGGUACAAUAUACAUCAGUAUUGGAUUUUCUUAUUACAAGUGGUCACGAUAAGAGUACCUAGUUUAUUUGGUACAAAACAUAUUUAACUUGUUUCUGGCAUGCGCAGAGAUAUCAUAGUAGAAAAUGUGUGCCCCUUAAAAGUAUUUACUGUUUUAGCAUUUUGAUAAUACAUAUAUAUGUAUAUGUCGCAGAAGAGAUGAAACUGCAUGUAACGUUUCUCGACUUAACGACCAUCCCAUUAAGCUUCGAAAUAAUUCGGCUUUUUUGGUUAAGCAUGUCUUCCGGUCCUUCCUCAAUAACGACAAUUUAAUAAUAAAAAGUACUUUUUAAGUGGACGAAAUAAGUAAAAAUUGGGAGCUGUGUAUGUUAUUUUGUCUCUUUAUGUCUCUUAAUAAACUCGACUAUAGGCAUCAUACGUACCGAAUUUUCUAAUAAAUUAUUUCUUUUGUUUAUAAUUUUGGUUUGCUUGAACGUGCUUUAUCACAAAGAUGCCUUAAAAUCGCGAGAUAUAUAAAAAAAAAUAACGACAACUCUUUGUAACGUCAAAAUAUGCACAUUCCCUUGAGUGUCGUUAUAUAUGGGUAUGCGCAUAUGGCCUAGCUCACUUCUGGCGCUAGUUCAAUUUACUUUUCAAAAUUACGCGCAUAUUAAGGAUUAUUAAAGAGAUUAUUUAUUAAAUAUUUUUUUUAAGUUUUAGGUAUACGUAAAUGCAAAUUUGUACCUAACAAUUAUACAUUCAUCUGUAAAGAUCAAUAUUGUAUGAGUAGUAGCGUAUGGGUUAGUGAGUUAAUACAAGAAAAUAGUCGAGUUACUUAUUCCUAGAAUUAAUAAUAAUAUGGUAAUAAUGACAAAAUAAUAUUAUGUAAUAAUUAAGAUAUGUUAUUUAAUAGAGAUUGAAAAAUUUACAUAUUUUGCUUAAAUGCAUUUAACUUACCACCUGUUGUAGCUUGUUUGUUGAUUGUUAUUCUAGAUGUAGCAUUUAUAUUGUUAGGAUUUAUUUAGUUAAAAAAAUUACAAUAAUAUGUACGGGUUUUUAUUAUUUACAUAUUUAUAUAUGACAUUGUUCAGAUCAUACUUGCAGGAUUAUUAAGCUCGUAACAUACUCUGAAGGUUAUAGGAAAAAAAUCUAUUGUGACAUAUUUUCUUUCUAGCUUGUCUACAUGACUGAUCAUUUUAAACAACUCAUGUCAAUCGUGAGAUAUUGGUUACAGAUUACAAAUAUUUAUUAUAUUAAAGACUAUUGUAUGUUAUUAAUUGAAAGUAACUGUUGUUAACUGAAUAUAUAUAUAUAUAUUAAAAUAUUAACCCUUCUAUAUUAAUAAUAUAGUAAAGAAAAUCACUAACACAAUAUUAAAGGUAUAAAAAGGAGACAUUUCACUCUUCCCAGCUAAGAUUAUUCAUCGAAGAGAAACAGUAUUCUAUUGUGGCGUAUAUGUUAGGAAAAACUACUACGCCAUCUGGCGCGUAAUAUCUAGAUUUUACAAUUGUAAAACAAGCUUUAACACUGCCCAUAUAGAUCCUUUGUCUCCAUUUAUUUCAUUUUUAUCCGGUUUCGAGUUAUUGUUAUGUAACGAAAGUGUUAUUAUUAAUGUGAUUUUGAGGUACUACAAGGUUAAAUGUACCUAUUGAUACAUAUUUAUUUUAUUCGUGAAUUAAUACCAACUAGAUGUUGGAUUGGGCUCCAUGAACAUGUUUUUCACUUAUUAUGUACUAAUAAAAUUUAUAACUACAAUGAAAUUAAUUAUGAAAGAGAUAAUCAUAAACCUCAAAAUAGGAAAAUUAUAAUAUGCUAGGUUGAAUUCAUAUACAUUUAACUUCAACCAAGGUAGCUUUCAUAACUCAUAGGAUAUUUAAAUUAUAAUAUAUUGUUUAUAGUCAAAUUAUUUUAUGUACGUUCAAGUUAUUAACAAUAAGAACAUUAUUUUUUUAUGUAAAAUUGUUUAUGCAAAAUGAGUAUAGCGACGCUAGACCUAGAUAAAGUUCUAUGAAAUUAUAAUCAGUGUAUUUCCUUUACGUUACCAAGUACUAAUAUGGGAAAACUCGAUUAGUAAUCGGCUGUGCGAUGUUUAAUAAUAAAUUCUAGUAAUUAGUUUUUAAUGGCCUACAUAAGGUUAUUUUAUUUCGUAAAUCUAUUAUUAUAAAAAAUCUUUCAUCUCGGUAUUGUCUUUGAAAUA